AUGAGGGAAGAAAUUAAACAAGAUAUGAAUAAUAUGAGGGGAGAUUUUAAUGAAAAGAUGGAUAAUAUUAAUGGAAAUAUGAAUAGAUUGGAGAGGAAAAUUGAAGAGGUUAAAAUUGAAGGUUUGAAGGAAAUUAAGAAACUUAGACAAGAAAAUGAAGAUUUUAAAAAAAGAAUUGAUAAGGUGCAAGAAAAUAUGGAACAUCAAAAUAAGAAUCUAAGAAUGGAGAUCCAAGAAAAUGGGAUCAAAAUCAGAGAAGAAUUUGAAAAAAAGGUAGUGGAAGAGGUUCAAGCAUUAGGAAAAUGCAUAGAAGAAAAUUUACCAGAAACAAUACUAAUGGAAGUUACAAGACAAAAUGAAGAAGCCAAUUUUCGAGAACGGUUGUAUUUCGGAAAUUUUGACUACAAUAAAAAUAAAAAUUUAAAUUCUUAUGCUAUGCAACUCUAUAAUAUAGCACAAUAUCUAGAACCAGCAAUGAAGGAGGAAGAAUUAGUUUUAUAUGUAGGAAGACAUUUUAAUGCUGAGAUGUCUGAAACGAUAGUUCUACAUAAUAUAAAGACUAUGGAUAAUAUGUCAAGUUAUUUACAAAGAGUUGAAAGGAGUAUACAAAAUGGAAACGGAAUUAAUAGAUAUCAAAGUGAAAAUAGAUAUGAAGAUAUACGAAAUGAUAGACGGGGUGAAAAUGGAAAUGGAUUUUUUAGAAAAGAUCAUUACGAUAGAUAUGGGAAUACAAAUUACGAAAACAGAAGAUAUCAAGGAAAUGUGGACAGGAAUUUUGGAAAUGGAGACAGAGGAAGAUAUAAUGGACAGAAUAAUUUCAGGAAUAAUAGUCACAGAAACAGGGAUGAUUUCAAUAGACAAUAUGACAGGGGAGUUUAUAAUGGAAAUAGAGGUAGGAAUUUGCAGCAACAGGAUAGGGGUAAUUUCAGAAGAGAUGAGUACAAUUUUGAUAGGGAUCAAAGAUCUGAUAAUAACAGGGAUAAUAAUGCCGGAUCAAAAUAG